UUCAAUACAAAGCUAAUAAUCACCAUCAAAAGAUUAAGAUUAUGGAAAUAUCAGAAAUUACCAAAAACAUAAAUGAAAUUUCGCUCGAAAGAUUUGAUCCCCAUAAAUUACUCCAAUUUCUUUUAAAUAUAACUCCAGAUAUGAAAAUAUUAGUUAAAGAUAUGAACUUAUUAGCAACUUUAUUUGCAGUCAGAGGUACUAAAAUUAACAAAAUUCUUAACACAGUUGGGGCAGAAGCAACCAAUAAAAUAAGAGAAUUAAGAGACAAGUAUCAAAUUGUUGAAUCAGGAAAGAAUACUAGUAGUGUUACAUUAGCAAGAAUAGGUCAAAUAUGGGCUUUUAAUAUUUGUAGAGCUUGUUUUGAAGGAGAUAUAUUGGAUCCAGUAGAUAAAUCUCUACCAGAUGGUUUCCCAAAAGCAAUGCGAUGUAGUGUCUAUGCUAGUCUUAUAUAUAGGUCUAUGAUUAAGACAGAUUUAGUUUGCCUAAAAGAAGCAUAUGCAUACCAUCAAUACUUAUUAGAUUGUAUUAUAAAUCCUAAUAAAAGAAGUAAUCCUUCUAAAAUAAUGAGCAGGAUAGAGGAACAAAUUCAAUUUUCAAUUUACACUGAUGAGGUACGAUUAGAAGGCAAUUUGAAAUUUGGCAUUUUAAAAGAAGGGGGUGCCAUUGCAAAUGAAAUUAAACCUGCAUUAGAAGAAGCGGCUAGAAGAUGGAGAGAAAUAAUCUCUUAAUUUAAUACAAUUAUGAUUUAAUAAAUAGUUAAUAAUUAUUGAUUAUCAUGAAAUCAUAAGAUAUUUUUAUACAAUUUUACAA